CUUAUGUUAGCUAAACAGUAUGACCUGCCUGUAGGUACCAAUGACAGACGCUGUAGUUUCAAAUUGUAAAACAUAGUUAUAUGAAGCAGUUAUUUUUGUUGCAGUAAGCAAGUUCUGAUUUGUAUAUGUAUUUUUCCCCCAAGCUGAAUCAGAUCACACCAGUCUGUCAAGAUGCUACCAUAUGGUGUGUCGUGGUCUCGAUACCUCAGAAUGGUCGGAGCCAGUGUUCUGGCCAUGUUUGCAGGAGCACAGGCCGUUCAUCAGUACUACCUGCCUGAUUUGUCCAUACCAGACGUCCCACCAAAGCCUGGUGAGCUAAGAACAGAACUACGGGGCUACAAAGUCAGAGAAGAAGCUGCUGCCACCUUAGAACAACUUAAAAAAUGACAAAGUGUGGACUGAUGUGGAAUUAUAUUUCCUCUGUAUGGACAGUCAGCAGAAUUCUACCGCUAAAUGCUUUAACAGACGUGGGAACUGAGUCAUUUCUGGGACAUCUGGAAAUAAUCAUUUUCCUUUUUGAUCAAAUGGACUGUAUAAUGGAUUGUAUAAGAUGCCACAUUUUGGGGCCUUUAGCCAUCUGGGAUCCCCCCCCCCCCCAGAGCAUAAUCACUUUGAUCCUUGUUAGUCCAUCUUCACUUUAAAUGUAUUUACUUAUCUAUGGAGAAUUAAUAAAAAUUGUCAAAGUAAGAAUAAAAUGAUAACACAAAACCUCAGGAGCACAAAAAUCAAGUUAAGUUUCCACAAAGGAAUAAACAUAUCAAUCUCAUAUUUUGGCAGUAAUUUAUAGUAAAUUACUUUAUUAUUA